AUGCACGUUUGGACAUUCUUCGCCGGCAUGCUCCUGUCAACGCUCCUGCAUCGCGCGAGCUUCUGGUAUCAGGAGACAAGGCGAGCGUAUCAAGCAGAGAAGGUACAGGCCAGCCAGGCCCUGGAGGCUUCCAAGCGCAGCCUCUCUGCACAGCGCGGCAGAUUUGAGCGGGCUCUUGGCGUGGUUGGUGACGAUGAACUUGCCAGCACAUCGGAAGAGACUUAUGAUGACGAGCCACAGACGUCACUCAAUGAUGACAUGGGCAGGAGCACAGAGGAGGUCUUUGACCCCCGGUGGGAGUAUGACAAAGAUGCCAUGCGCGAGUGGGAAUCAUUCAUCAAACAGUCGAAGUCUGCACAGCUGACAGUCAUUGCUUGA